AUGGCGACUGUAUCCCCUAACACAUCCCUUGCCGAGAUUAAAUGCCUGCUCAGCACACAACCUUUUGCCUUCUACAACCACCCAGACCUUCUACUGGCCAUCCGUACUUUCUCCUGGUCGUCUUUCUAUGCCCGACUAACUCGUCAUAAUACAGCCAUCAAUGCCAAGUACACCACUUGCCGAAUUCUCUACAAAAUGGCACCCCAGAAAAGAAAGACUCCACCCUGUGCCCCCCACCAACCUUCCAAAGUCAAGUUCACUGAUGAAGUCCUUAUUGUACCCCCUCUCUCCACCUCCUCCAUCCCUUCCCCCUCCAACACCUCCUCCACCCACCCUAAUACCACCCCUUCCCACCUUAACUCAACCCACCCUAACUCAACCCACCUCACCCCCUCCAAUACCACACCUAUUGGUAUUCUUAAAAAACACCAUCCAGUCCCAAAUCAAAAUCAAAAUCAAAAUCCCAAUCUUAAGACAAAUUCCCACUCAGCUCAAAAUGCAAAUACAAAUUCCAACUUAAAUCAAAAUACAAAAGUAAAACCAAAAACAACACAAACACCCAUCAAUAUCUAUGUCACACAAUUAGAAGAGAACUACGAAGAAACACCAACUUUUAGAUACUCUACCCCUGAUAGAAGUAUUCCAGAAGAGUUACCACAUAAAUAA